CGCGGCGGGGCGAGGGGCUGGCUGAGGUUGGGUGCGGGAGGGGUCGGGGGUGGGGACGCGCGGGGGCCCACCCCCUCGCUGAGGGCCCGCGGCGGCCCCCAGCUGGCUCCCUCGGCCGCGGGGCCGGCCUCCUCCUCCGAGAGGCGCUCGGGCCGGGGGGACCACGCAGCGGCGCGCUGCGAGCUAGGGCGCGGGGCGGGGCCUCGGAGGCUCCCGCCCACCUGAGGUGCCGCCCCCAAAAGAAGCCCGCGCGGGCUGCAGCCUGGGAACGAGCCGCGCGCCCGCGAGCUCCUCCGCAGCGGCCCGCCCGGCGAGUCGCCCGCUGGAGGACUGGGCCCACGCGGAGCAGCGGGGCCGGGUGGGUGUAGGGUGGGGGUCGCGGGGCGCAGGGCUGGGGGGCCCCGGACGCCCCGCGCGGUCAUGGCGGCGCCCGGGGACCCGCGGCGGCCCUACCGGCUGGCUCAGGAGGGCCGGCUGUGCGCCCUCCGGGAGGAGCUGCGGGGAGCCGGGCGCGCGAGCUGCCCGGGGCCCGCCGGGGACACCCUGCUGCACUGCGCCGCCCGCCACGGCCAUCGGGACGUGCUGGCCUACCUGGUGGAGUCCUGGGACAUGGACAUCGAGGCCGCCAACCGGGACUACAAGCGGCCUCUGCACGAGGCUGCCUCCAUGGGCCACCGGGACUGCGUGCGGUACCUGCUGGGCAGAGGAGCCGCGGUGGACUGCCUCAAGAAGGCCGACUGGACCCCACUGAUGAUGGCCUGCACAAGGAGGAAUCUCGAGGUGAUCCAGGACCUUGUGGAACAUGGCGCUAAUCCGCUUCUCAAGAACAAAGACGGCUGGAACAGUGUCCACGUUGCCAGCCGAGAGGGGGACCCUGUGAUCCUCCAGUACUUGCUCACUGUUUGCCCAGACGCCUGGAAGACGGAGAGCAGGAUCGGGAGAACCCCCCUGCACACGGCAGCAAUGCAUGGCUGUUUAGAGGCAGUAAAGGUGCUUCUACAGAGGGGCCAGUACCAACCAGACUGCAGGGACAGCUGUGGCUCCACACCCUUCAUGGACGCGCUUCAGUGUGGCCACAUCGACGUAGCCAGGCUGCUGCUGGAAAAGCAUCAGGCCAGCGCGUCUGCCCAGGAUUCCCUGGGGGCGCAGGCCAUCCACAGGGCAGCGCUCACUGGGCAGAACGAAGCCAUCCGCUUCUUGGUCUGUGAACUCGGCACGGACGUGGACGUGAGAGCAGCAUCAGGCCACCUCACUGCACUGCACUACGCGGCGAAGGAAGGACACGUGAGCACAGUCCAGGUGCUCUUAGCCUUGGGUGCCGACAUCAACUGUAAAGACGCAAGAAAUCGAUCAGUACGUUCGUGAUGCUUCAGAACCUCCCUCCGAGGCUGCACAGGACAGUCACCAAGUUCAGGGACACAAGACUUUUCUCCGCAGAACACGGGAUCCUGGGGCUCAUGAUGCCAGAAACCUUCAGUGCUAGUUUUCCAAGGGAAGGUGUGUCAGUUUUUCUUUUUGUCACAUCAUUCUUAUUUGUGGCAGGAUUUCUACUUACACGGAAAAUUCACAGAACUUUGAAAGUCUUUUCUUUGCCAUUUCAAGUCUCCCGUUUCUCGUUCGUUAAAUUGCUUGGUUGCUGUAGACAGAUCUGUUAAAUCUUGUAAUUGGUUGAUGUUUUUAAAACCAUUUCCAACCCAAUCAGGUUAAAAGGAAAAAUGUUUUGAUCUAGUAGAGACAAAGGUGUAGAGACAAAUUUACAGAAUACAGAAAUUCUGUGUAGCCGAAGGGGUGUUGUUUGUAGGAAUAGCUGCUCCCCGGGUGGGCGUCGCCCCCGGGGUCCCACGCCAGAUUUGUGUGGC